UUUUAAGAAAAAAGUUUAGAAAACAAUAAAAAAAUUGCUGCAUGUCGGUGGAAAAAGAGGAAUAGACACGGCCAAGUAAGAUGGGAGAGGAUUUUAAGAGAUCUGAUCUUUUAUUUCUUCUUUUCUCUCGAACUUCUGAAGAUUCUUCUUUACAGAGCACACCCGAAGUCUUGUGUAAUGAUCUCGUUUCGAGCUAGUUCAGUAUGACCUCUUGCUUUGGAGUUAGUUCGGUAGGACCAAGUCUUUAGCUUCUGAAAGCUCGUUUUUGGAUCGAGAUUCGUGGUUUCGAAUCGUUGACUUGGCCAAGUCGAGGACGUGUUCUGCCGCGGGAACUAGUGGCCUUUAAAUCGGAAGCAUGUUGUUCUUUUUAGUUUUAUGCGAAUUUAUUGACAUCAGAAGCAUGUAGCAAACUUAUGUAACGGUGGACUGGGAUGUGCGACUUAACAAAGGGAAGGUUUGAAAAUGCAGAGCUGGUCUUUUCUUACCGAGUAUUUAGUUCUGCUUUGAGUGCAAACCCAGAAAAAGAGGAAGAAGAAGAAAAAAAGGAAGAAAUUCUGGUUUGAAUGGUUUACUGGUUUAUGAGGUUUUGUCACAACAGAGUUGACCAAUAGGGCGAGCGUUUUAGAUUGAAAUGAUCGGAAGAACAUAGUUGACGGGAAGUUGUUUGUAGGACGAUCCAGUUGGAUUAGUCUGUUAAACUGAAUGGAUCAAGUGCACAACUUAAAAGUUGGUUGGUAUGUGGUGACUACAGUGGCAUUUUAAAGUUUCAGAGUUAAAAUACAUUGGGAUGGGCUGUCAAUGCUCAAAACUUACGGAAUGCUGUUGGGGUACACAAUUUAAGGGAUCAGUACUUGAGGCUCCUGAUGUUGAGAAUGAGGAUAAAAGUGAGGUUGAUGAUUUGCCUGCAUUCCGUGAAUACACUUUUGACCAGCUCAGGCUUUCUACAUCUGGCUUUGCUGUAGAGAACAUUGUUUCUGAACAUGGGGAAAAAGCUCCAAAUAUUGUCUAUAAAGGAAAGCUUGAAAAUCAGAGGCGUAUUGCUGUCAAGCGCUUUAAUAGAAUGGCUUGGCCUGAUGCCCGGCAGUUCUUGGAAGAAGCAAGAUCUGUUGGUCAGCUCCGCAACCAUAGAUUGGCAAAUUUACUUGGUUGUUGUUGUGAAGGUGAUGAGAGAUUGCUUGUGGCAGAAUAUAUGUCCAAUGACACGCUUGCUAAACACCUAUUCCAUUGGGAAACACAACCUAUGAAAUGGGCAAUGAGAUUAAGGGUGGUUUUACAUCUUGCUGAGGCACUUGAAUAUUGUUCCAACAAAGGGCGUGCCCUUUAUCAUGAUCUUAAUGCUUAUAGAGUUUUAUUUGACGAUGAUGGUAAUCCUCGACUUUCAUGCUUUGGCCUGAUGAAGAAUAGUAGAGAUGGGAAAAGUUAUAGCACAAAUUUGGCAUUUACCCCGCCAGAGUAUCUGAGAACUGGAAGAGUAACACCUGAGAGUGUAAUAUACAGCUUUGGCACCCUUUUGCUUGAUCUUCUAAGUGGAAAACAUAUACCUCCAAGCCAUGCUUUAGACCUGAUACGGGACAGGAAUAUUCAGAUGCUGAUGGAUUCCUGCUUGGAAGGGCAAUUUUCGAAUGAUGAUGGUACUGAGUUAGUACGUUUAGCAUCUCGUUGUUUACAGUAUGAGCCUCGAGAAAGACCAAACCCCAAAUCAUUAGUGGCUGCUUUGACUACUCUUCAGAAGGAAACUGAGGUUCCAUCUCAUGUUUUGAUGGGUAUUCGUCAUAAUGAUGCAUUACCACCUCUAUCCCCACUUGGUGAAGCUAUUUCAAGAGUGGAUCUGACAGCUAUUCAUGAGAUUCUAGACCAAACUGGAUAUAAAGAUGAUGAGGGAACAACGAAUGAGUUAUCAUUCCAAAUGUGGACCAACCAAAUACAAGAGACGUUGAACUCGAAGAAAAAGGGUGAUGCUGCUUUCCGACACAAGGAUUUCAGAGCUGCAAUUGAAUGCUACAGCCAGUUCAUUGAUGCUGGAACCAUGGUUUCUCCAACAGUUUAUGCCCGCCGUAGUGUGUGUUAUCUCAUGAGUGACAUGCCCAACGAAGCACUUAGCGAUGCAACACAAGCACAAGUCAUAUCCCCUGGAUGGCAUACUGCAUCUUAUCUUCAAGCUGCUGCUUUGUUCAUACUUGAUAAGCAAAAUGAAGCACGGGUAGCACUUAGAGAGGGUUCUGAACUUGAAGCCAAAAGGAAUGCUGGUCCUGGAUAAUAGGAAACAAGAAACCAAGGGUCAAUUUACAAAAUCCUUUAUUUGUUAUGACUGGCCUAUCCUAAAAUUGACCCUUGCGAGAAUCUCAACAUUCGGGCAAAAUGACAAGCCACAUUGUUUCCACAUUCAGCCAUAACAUGCACAGGGAAAAAUUGGAUGCCGCAUGUUUGCAUACAAUGGGCAGCUUUUAGUCAUUCAUUCUAUGGCACUCUUGUUAAGGUUUCGGCUGGUAAGUGAUGGUAACGGGGAUCUCUCUUUGUUAUUAUUUUCCCCCCAUCUAGCACAUCAACCUCUACAACGGUUUGAUAGAAGAGCUUUUUGGACAAUAGAGGAAUCAUCCCACAAUUUGAUUGGUUUUAUGGGGAUGUGAAUACUAUUUAACAGAACAAUCAAGGGGGAUAAGAUUUGUUGCUGAACUUGCAAUUUCUGUACAGCAACUGCUUCUGGUUUGCUACGUUGAUGUGGAACGUGGGUGUAUUCUGAAGUCUUGUUUGUUGAGAUUAUCCAUUUUGGAUACUUAAAAGAGUUAUAUCAUCCAUUUUUUGUUUGAAAUUUCGUAACAAAGUA